AUGUGGAAUGGUGUUGGAACACCGAUCACCACGACGCCUUUGAAGCCAUUAAGGAAAGUCUCCUUCAGGCGCCAAUUCUGGCUCUACCUAAUCCUGAUCGCCCGUUUAGCGUCGUAUGUGACGCUUCGGACUUUGCCAUUGGCAGUGCACUAUUGCAAAGUCGACUCUGAGGGUCGAGAAUGCGUCAUCGCGUUUGAUUCUCGCCAGCUGAAAGCUGCAGAGAAGAACUAUUCAGUUCAUGAUAAGGAGCUACUUGCGAUGAAGUAUGCCCUUGUUAAGUUUCAGGUACACCUGUUGGGCUCAAAGCCGUUUGCGAUCUAUACCGAUCAUGCAUCAUUACGCAAAGCGACACAGUCGCCUCAUCUCUUGCAGAAAAUAGCUCGUUGGCUCUCCUUUUUCGCGGAGUAUAAAUUUGAGGUGAAUUAUAAGCCGGGUAAACAGAAUGUUUUGGCUGACGUGUUAUCGCGUCGAUCUGACUAUGAGCUUGCUCAUCUCACUGUUGUGAGUUCGUCAGUCACGGAUCGUAUCCGUCUGGCGUAUGCACGCGAUGAGUCAUGUGUUGCCAUUAUACAGGCGCUGGGUAGCGCAGAGUUUGAAAACGCUAAGGCGAAGCUGUCACCACGUAAUCGUUCAAAAUUACACCGUUAUACACGAACCGUUGGUCUGUUGUACUAUAGUACAGGGUCGGAUGAUUAG